GAAAAAAAAAAAAAAAAAAAAAAAAGACUAGAGCUCUCAGUCCUCAACCUAUCAUCAGAUUUCCCAACGACCGACACAAGAAGUUUCGUGGUCGGCUUUCACGUUCAUCGUCAGACGAGCAAAACGAUCCAAGUUGAAAUCGACAUGCAAUUUUUGACUUUUCUGUUGAAGAUCACCGGUUGUCUCGAACAAGCAGCCGAGCGUGUUGCGCUGAGCCGUUCAGACCGAUUCUAUUCGUUUUCUAACUUCCCCCUCUUGACUUGCUCCUCAUUCAUAUUGCAUCUCCACCGCUUUACUGCGACUGCCAGCCAACGAAUCAUCCUCCCAAAUGUACAUCAAUGCUCAAGCUCAUCAACAAGCUGACCGGCGACUCGUCCCGCGCGCCACCCGUGCAGCUGAGCGUGGAACUCGACCAGCCGACCGUGUUUGCUGGCGACGUGCUCCGCGGCCGCGUCCUGCUGUCCUGCGAGCAGCCCGUCCCAUGCAAAGGCUUGAUCAAAGUCAAGAUCAACGGCCUGCUGUUCAUCCACUCCGACCCGCUCGACGGCGUGCAGGACGUCUUUGACGUUGCCAGCAAGGCCUUCGCCAGGACCAAGUCGGAGCUGCUCAAGGCGACGCUCACCAUCAGCGCAGCCACCGCCGCCGACCCAGCGUCCGUCACUCCUGCCGGCUGCACCAUCAAGCCAGGCGCAUACGCGUUCCCGUUCGAGUACCAAGUCGACCGCAACCAGGCUGCGACAGUGAAGGUGAACUUCAAGUAUGGCGAUUACAACGUGCUGACGUCGUACCGCAUCACUGCUCGCCUGGAAGACUACAAGGGCACCGUUCCCAAGUUUGCCGUGCCAUUCUGUGUCAUGCCGAAAGCCCCGGAAUCUGUCGUGCCAUCGGUGGCAGCCCAGAAAUCCACCUUCAUUGGAUUUGCCAAGCUCAUCCCCUUCUUCCAGAAGGCUACUGUUGACAAAUCGACCGUCUUCCCUGGCGAAGCCGUCGUCCUCAAGCUGGAGGCCAACAGCUUGUCGACCGACGAAGUGUCCUUGUCCAUGAAUUUGCGCUGUGCUGGCAAAUCCACGGCGCACAACAUGGUUACCAGCAAGGAUGUCGUGACGCAAAAGUUUGACAGCAUUGCGCCACUCUUCUUUGGAGUGCGCUACUUGUCCCUCACAAUUCCCCUUGAUGCUGCUUCCUCGGUGGAUACGCCGUCGCUGACGCUCUCCUACAAGCUCCUCCUGGUCUUUGAAAGCAUCUCGCUCCGUAAAGUCACCCUCGAGGUUCCCAUCACCGUGGUUCCGCCGCAACCGCUCGUGUGCUCUGUGCCAGUGCUCGCACCAGGAGCCCUGCCUCCUCCGGAUGUUAUUCACCGCCCGCCGUUCCAGCCACGCGCGAGUACCGGCAACUGCGGCAAGUGCUCGACCAGCUUUGGCCUGCUGACCCACCGCCAUUCGUGCCGCUACUGCAUGCGCGUCUACUGCGACAAGUGUUUGACGUACCGUGCCUCCGUCCCUGCUCGCGGAUUUGAGAUGGCUGUGCGCCUCUGCUCGGACUGCACCAAGCACGCUGGCCAGGGCGAACCUUUUGAGCAGGUCAUCAACCGUCCGUCGUGGAUUGGUGUCGCCUCACUCACACCGCCCGUCAAUGACGUUCUUCCGCCGUCGUCCAGCAUGCGGCUGCCUGCGUCCCAGCCUUAUCUGCCUCCCCAGCACUAUCCCGGACAGCAGCAGCCUGGAUAUCCGCCUCAGCAACCCUACCCUCCGCAGCAAGGAUAUCCACAGCACCCGUAUCCGCCGCCGCAGCAGCAGCCCUAUCCCGCGCCACAGCAACAGGAGACCCAGUUGCCUUAUCCGGCGCCGCAGCAACAGCAGGCUCAGGCGCCCUACCCCCAGUACUUGCCUCCGCAGCACUUUGCAGCCCAGCCUCCGCCGUAUCCCGCUCCAGGACUCUCGCAGCAAGCUCCGAACGGGACGUAUGGCUAUGCUCCUGCAGCUCAAAGCGAGCCGCAACGUGCGCCUCCUGCGGCUCCCGGAGCAGGAUUGCCCCAGUAUCAGCUGCAACCCAUGGCUCCUCAAGCCUGGCAGCAACCGCCUACCAAGCCCCCGACCUAUGAGCAGACUCAAGCUGCGCCCAAGGCAUGAGGCUUGAAAUGUUGCAUUCUUGUUUUGUUCGAUUGUACGUUGUGUUUUUUUUUUUUUUACAUGCGAUUUGGUUUUUGUUUUUUCCAUGUUUUUUCUCUGUUUGUGAAUGCCCUUCCAUUACUGAUGUCCUCAUUCUUUAUCCUGCUUCCCUCAUUCAAUACACGAGUUGAAUCGUCC